GAUGUCGUGUGAGGAGGCUCAGCUCCACAAAGAGAGGCUGCAGGCCUUGGCGGAGAAGCGAAAACGGCAAACUGAGAUUGAAGACAAAAGAAGCCAGCUCGAUGACCUGGUGCUACAACUACAGCAUCUCAAGUCCAAAGCCAUGCGUGAGCGAUGGCUCCUCCAGGGAAUGGGAGCGGAGGAAGGGGAGGCACGGCGGAAACAGCUGGAACAGGAUGAAGAACAAGGGAAGAGGCUGGAAGACCUGAUACAUAGGCUGGAGUCUGAAAUCGGGGCACUAGAAAGUGAGGAGUCCCAGAUAUCAGCCAAAGAGCAGGUUCUACGAGAACGCCUGAAAGAGACGGAGCGCUCCAUAGAAGACCUGCAGAAGAGUCUGAUGACCCAGGAUGGAGGAUACAGCCAAACACCGGGAGUUACCGUGACAACAGCAAAUGGGUAUCAGGCUCCCAUUCCGACCAGACAUGCUCACACUGCCAUGAAAUCGUGGCGGGCAGCCGAGGAUGUCAGUGACACAAUACCAAGAGAGCGAGCCCUGAAGAGUGUCAGUUUCCAGGAAUCGGUCAGCGUUAUCACUGACAGGCCUGCAACCAUGGAACUGGAGAGCCAGCAGAUCCAACAUGGCUGCCUUAGCAGCCCCAGCAGCCGAGCCCACAAUGCAGUUGGUGUGAAAGUAGAGACUCCUGACAGCGAGGUGGUGCAGGAGAUCCGCUAUCUGGACCAGGUUUUAGACGCCGCCUCAGAAACACCCACCAACGGAAACUCUUCUCCAUCAGAUCACACCAGAUCAAUCAGCAUCGACGGAAACGCUCCUUCUGUCUGUGUGUCAGCCUCCUCUCCUUUCAGUCACCAGUCAGUCGUUGUGGAGGGGCAGAGACAAACCACAUUCCUCCACCAGGAGGACUCUGCUGUGAGGACCAACGGGCAUGUGCAGGGUGACGAGUCGGGGCGCAGCGGGGCAAAGUUUGAGCUGAGAGCGUUCCAAGAGGAGAGACGGCCAGCAAAACUCUUCACCCCUGGAGAGGAGCAGCAGGUCAGAGUGACAAGGAGACGACCCACAGAGGAGGUUCAGGAGCUGGAGCGUGAGCGCCAGGAGCUGAUCAAAGACCAGGCAGUGAAGAAAAACCCUGGGAUCGCCCAGCGCUGGUGGAAUCCUCCUCAGGAGGUUCCUUUAGAAGAACAGCUGGACGCAGAGCAGCUUGAGUCUCUCAAGAAAUACCAGGAGAGGAAACAGCAGAAACAGAAUCACACUUAUGCCUACGCACAGCCCCAGGUGUCAGGUCCUUCCACCAUGGUGACCUUUGACCCAGAGCUAGAAAGGAAGGUGGACAUUGUGGAGGAGCAGAUUAACUUCUCGUCUGCCAGGAAGCAGUUUCUGCAAGGGGAAGCAACCAAGAGGGACGUAGCUCCUCACAUAUACUCCGCCAAACCAUUUUCCAAAUCCGUAAUCAGGGGCAGCCUGGGCAGCAGUGACAUUGUUGCGGAAACGGGAGAGGGUCACGUGACCUGGUCUGAUGAAGGAAUUGCAGGAGAAUUUACUUGUGCACGCGCUGUAAUGACAAUCCUGCGUGAGGAGGAAGAAGGGAAGGGCCACUUCCAUCCAGGUUUUCACCCAGAGGAGUCUGACUCAGGAUUGGAUGAGUUAUCUGUCCGUUCUCAGGACACUACUGCAUUUAGCUUGGAUAAUAUUUCUGACAGCGGGGCUUCGCUUCCGCCUACCCCGUUGCCACUCACCCCAGUUUCACCGCCUACCCCGCAGCCCACCACGCCAGUCAAUGGGCAGACCAGUGGCAGUCCAACAGAAGACGAUCUGGAGUACCAGGCAGGGGUACUUGUCCAAAAUGCCAUCCAAAAUGCCCUGGCAGCUCAGAAUGGAGAUGAGUGGCAGCCAUCUGACUUGAAUUCUUCACAACUGAGUACCCCAGUGUCUCCAUCCUCAGCGUCCACAAGUAGCCCAGUGCCAGUUUCGUCCUCUCCCGUGUCUUCCAGUGGAGCUCCCAGUUUCCAAUCACCUGCGUCCUCCAGUCCUGCUCCAUCCAACCUGUCCCCUCAGCCAGAGAGACGACCCGAGGUAAGAGUCUAUUCCGAAGAGAAGCCCUCAGAAUCACAACAGGCUCCGCAGCAGCAGCCCUCCAGUCCAACACAGCAACCGCAGCUCCAGACACCUUCUCCGCCUCCUUCUCAGCCCAUCUCGCCACCACAGAGACCCAAAGACGGAGGCCCCAGGAUCAAAAUCCAAUCGUCUUACGCCAGAGCCCUCGCCUCCUCAGCCCCUGCUCCGGCGCCAGCUCCAACUCCGGCACCUGCCGCAGCAGCUCCAGUUUCCAGGCCAACCCCCGUCUACCGUCCCCCUUCUCCUCCAAGCCCCGAGAAACCAGAGUUCAGCUACUUCAGUAAAUACUCUGAGGCCGCCGAGCUGCGUAGCACAGCAGCAGCAGCACGAGCCCCUGAGGUCGAGCCAGCCAGUGGGCCGUUCCGCCUGCGCUCCAAGAAGCAGAGAACUUUGUCGAUGAUCGAGGAGGAGAUACGAGCAGCCCAGCAGAGGGAGGAGGAGCUGAAGAAACAGAGGGAGACACAGCCUGUCGUUAUCGUCCGCCCCAGCAGCACUUCCAGCAGCAGCCAUGGAAACGUGAGGACGGGGAUGCGGCCAACCACCAUUUCCCCAGCAGAUAAGAUGAAGAGCAACAGCCUGCCAGCCAGACUCACACUGACAACGAGGACAGCACCAGGAAAGAUCGAGAAGGUUCGACCUGCACCGCCUGUCUCUCCUUCGCCCUCAGAAGGAGCCCUGUCUGACGCCGGCAGCGAGGACUCUGGAGGAUCACGGCCCAAAAACUUCAUGCAGACGCUUAUGGAAGACUAUGAAACACACAAAGUGAAGAGGAGGGAGAAACUGGAGGACAACAGUUAUGCCCGUUUGUUGCUGGCUAACGAGGUAACCAAUGAGGUUCUGGAGGCCACUCGUGUCACCAGGAGGAAAAGCGACAUGGCGCGGAAGUGGGAAGCCGGUAUCUACGCCAACGAGGAUGGAGAGGAGGAGGAGGAGGAGGAAGAAGAGGAGGAGGAGGAGGAGGAGUAAAAAAAGCUCCUUUCAGAGACAGUUAAGGGACAGAGUGGAAAGGAGGAGGAUGAAGAGACUGAAGGAAAAAUGCAAACAAGAGGAGGAGCAGGAUGAAGCGAAGGAUAAAGGAGAGGGAAAGGAAACAGUAUUUAUUAAUAGUAUUCUGAUGAUCACAUGACCCACUGGCUUGACCAAUGGGGCUCAUGAAAGAGGUUUUUGGACCUGAGGGUUGAAGGGGCAGCAGUAUGUAGAGUGACUGAGUAUGUGAGAGACAUCUGAAGUGUUGAGGUGAGUUUGGAGAAGAAAAGGUCAGAGAUGCAAGAGACACUUUGAGAGGGUCUGUGGUGGUUUAAGAGCACUGUUCAGAAGUGUUUGGGAUAAAAGGUUUUUACUACUUGGUAGACGCUGAAUGAUUUUAAAUAUUCAUAAGAUUUUUUUUUCAUUUACCUGUAAUUUUUUUUAUUGAAAUACGGUCGGAGAUCUAAAGAUUUUAUUUUGACAGGUUGCCUGAUAAUAGUGUUGGCAAUGGGUGCUUGAUAAUAACCCCAAUCAUCUUGAAAAUGUGUGGAUGGAAUUUUAAUUACCAACAGGAGAAAAAGAUGACAAGCAGGUGUGUGCAGAGUGACUAUCAAGGAGCUUGUGACUGAAAGCUGUUCAAGAAAGAAGAAAAAGCCUAAUCACACACUCAGACAUUUCUGUAAUGGCAUAAUUAUUUUUACCUGGAUGUGAUGAUGCUGCAGGAAGGAUGCGAUGUUUGAAACAAAUGGGACCCAAAGCAUCACUCUCAGAACCUGUAAUAAUGUCACCCUCUGCAUCCUGCAGUGCCACCGUGCAGAUACAACACACACAUGUUGGUGGGAGCUUUUCGCAAUCCUUUCAAGCAUCUGUAUUAAAGGUCCAGUGUGUAACAUUUAGGAAUAUCUGUUGGCAGAAGAGAAAUGUAAUAUUCAUAGGUUCCAUGUUGAACUGUUUCUACAAUAGCCCAGAAUGGCUUCUCUUUUUUCUUUUUUCU